AUGACAAACUCUAAUGAACUGCAAGAGAAGAGAUGCAUUGAAAUCAUGCAUCAUUCAGAGUUGCCAACCACCAACACUCAUUCAUUGCCCAUCCAAUUAUCCAAUGAAUCAAAUCAUGUACAACAAGAACAAAUGGAACAACACGAAUCCUCUCCAACCCCCAUGAUGAAUUCAUCACAAGUCAUACAGAACCCAUCAAUAUUAGCACAACCACCAAAUUCCGAGACUAUGGUAAGUUUCGUAUCAUCUCAGGAACAGAACACCAUCAUGAUCAGCCAGCACCAUCAGCAGCACCCUCAACAACAACACUUUCAACAUGUGGUACCACAUUCUCCUACUUCACCUGUUGUUCACCACACCACCAAAAGAGCCUCAAAAAAGUUGAGUAGUGUCGUCAUGACGACGAGUCAAGCUGCUGAAUUGAAAUCAAGUCUAUCGAUAUCCAUUCUAGCCAUUCUCAUUAUUGCAAUCAUGACCAUCUAUUCUUUUAUUAUUACAAGUUUCCCUGUUGUAUUUACUCUCAAAUUGUAUGGUAAUAGUGUAAAACAAUACAAUGAAAUGGUCAUGUCUGAAUAUUUGAUGGUAUUUGCAAGAGAUCGUUCCAUGAUUCAAGUCUUUAAUGAAUCGAGACAAGACUUACAACACUCAUUGAAUCAAUUAUUUCAAUUAAUGCCUCAAUCAGCAAUGGAAGCCUUUGGCAAUGAGAGUAUUGAUCAAAUGAAAUUAUGGCCUCUCCAAAAUGUGGUUCUCGAUCAAGUCAUGGCAGGGAAUGCAACGAAUGCUGUUCGUUCCUUUUUGAAUGUCACUCAUUAUGGAACGUUAUUGGAUUUCUUGGCAAAUUUCAAUGUCUUUAUUCGUGAUGUGAAGAAUAUUAGUUAUGCACAGGAACAAGUGAUUAUAUCCAAUUCAACCUCCUAUCUCAUUGUCAUUGUCGUGUGUUUGGCCAUUACCUUACCCAUUGUUAUUGUCAUUUUUACUACGAUCAGUCAGGGUGGCAGUGCUAGUGGUUAUAAGGGUAAUGUUCAUACGAAUGGUCACACUGGAAAUGAAGUUAUUGGAUGGAAACAACAAAUCAUGAUGAACUACAAAUCAUCCACAGUGGAACAAGAAUUAUUGAAUCGAGUGGAUUUAUUAGAAGAUAUUCAAUUAUUCAAACAACCUGCUAAACAAGAAUUGAAUAUGAUGAGAAGUUUAUUAGAAGAAUUGAGAGAAUAUUCAGAUGAUUCAACUUCAUCAUCCACUAUGAUUGAACAAGAUGCACUCUCUUCCACACUUUCCUAUCGAUCCAGUGGUGAUACAUUCUCUGUGGCUGGUUCUGUUGCAUCCAGUGUAGUUGUAAAUUCAAGAAAGAAUACCAUCUCUCAAUUGAUCUCCAUUUAUGAAAAGUAUUUGAAUCCAUCGAGUGCCACUCAUCCAGUGAAAUGUAAGGGUCAUCAAAAAAUUGCAAAUUACUUGAGAGAGUGUCAUGACAAAUCUCUCAAUCAUCCAAAGGAUGCAACAACCACCCAAAUGGAAUUGAACCUAUUGGAUGAAAUUCAAGUGGAAGUGGCUCGACAAUUAAUUCCCAUAUUUGAACACUUUCAAAAAACAAUUCCAGAAGGAAAGGAUGUUGAAGAAUCUUCUGAUACACUCUUUAAACAUUCUGUGCUGACUCAUUCAGAGCUGAUUUCCAAAUGUAUUUGA